AUGAGCCAAUUCGCCGUCGAAAAUAAAAUUGGUGUCUGCUAUUUUUCGGAGCCCUGGAAAGUUCCGACGAACCACCCAUAUUGGUUCUUUAGCGCAGACGCGGACGCGUCUGCGACUAUUGUUUUUGAUCCGGACUUUGUGGGCCCGGGAUGUUCCGUUUUCUAUCGAUCCGAUAACAUUGUUGGUGUCCUAACUAAAGGCCUGUACAUAAUUUCGGUAUAUAUUUCACCGAAUACCUCAACGGCUACCUUUCUCAAUUUUGCGGAUCGUCUUUGUGACGCAAUUGAAAUGUCCGCUGGUCCUGUCAUUGUAAGCGGUGAUUUUAAUUCAAAAUCGACUCUGUGGGGAGCUGCGGUGUCGAACCGGCGCGGCGAGAUCCUUGCGAGGCUGGCGGACCAGUUUGACUUGGUUCUGUUGAAUCAGGGAACCGCGCCGACGUGUGUUCGGCCACAGGGUUCCUCCGUGGUGGACCUUACCUGGGCCUCUUCCGCGUGCGCUGGUCGCGUCAUGAACUGGCACGUGAACAAGAGUGUGGAAACCCUAUCGGAUCACAGGGCGAUCCUUUUCUCGUUUGAUUCAAGCAAUGCGAGGACGGACAUUGGCCUUGCACCCCGAGUGUAUCCUCGUUGGUCGUUCGCUGGGUUGGAUGAGGACCUUUUAUGCUCUACGUUUGAAUUUCUGAGCUCUGGUAUAUCGGAGGAUGACUCCCCGGGGAAUUUGGCUGCGGCGGUUUGUGGAUACAUGGCUAAUGCCUGUGAUGUGGCGGCACGCAAGUCCGGCCCUAGAACACUGAGGCGUGCGGUCUAUUGGUGGAACGAGGAGAUCGCGAAUCUCAGACGGGUCUGCACGGUUGCCCGCAGGAAAUUUUCCAGAGCAGGGCGUAAUCACUCAGACGAGGAACGCCGGGUUUUGGAGUUGAGUUAUCGGGAUGCAUAG